GUAGUUUAAGUUUUGUCAUUGUCGGUCUUCCAAAACUUUCUUAAUCAAUUUCACAUUCUGCUGCAGUGUCAGUGACUGUGAAAGAAUUUAGCGCGCACAUUAACUCCAUAAUUUCAUUUUUUUUCCUUGCACGUCUCAUUCGCAGAAGCGUAAGAAAUCAUAAGGUUAAGCGCGGUUGCUAGUUUGCAGUGAAAGUACUUAUCCACGUUCCUCGACCCAAUUAGAUUAUCUCUCAAUCCGUCAGUCGUCCUCUACAUCGGGAACGUAGAAGGGAUUCUUCCAUCGUUAUUCCAUCUAACACUUGAUGCUUGUAUCUAUAAUAUCACCUAGUACAUUCCAAAGUUCGACGCUCGACUAUAUCUGGUGUUCAAAACGUAACAAUGAAUGAUGAUAAAAAAUGUGAUGUAAUUCGAGUUGGAUCUCGGAAAAGUGAGUUGGCCUUGAUACAAACUAAACAUGUAAUACAAUGUCUGAAAGAAAUUCAUCCAAAAAAAGAAUUUGAAAUAGUAACGAUGAAUACUAAAGGAGAUAAGAUUUUGGAUAAGUCUUUACCAAAGAUCGGGGAGAAGUCCCUGUUUACCGAGGAGUUGGAACUAGCUUUGGAAAAUGGUAGCGUUGAUUUUGUUGUACAUUCAUUGAAAGAUUUGCCAACAACACUACCGGCAGGGAUGGCUUUAGGUGCAAUAUUAAAACGCGAGGAUCCACGCGACGCAGUAGUCAUGUCAAAGAAAUUCAAAGACAAAACAUUAACCACAUUGCCAAAAGGUAGUGUAAUAGGUACUAGCUCCUUACGUAGAUCCGCUCAGUUAUCUCGGAACAUGCCGCACUUAAAGAUAGAAAACAUUCGCGGUAACUUGAAUACGAGAUUUAAAAAACUAGACAAUGAAGAUGGCCCCUACGCCGCGAUUAUAUUAGCUGCUGCUGGUUUAAAACGGAUGGGCUGGGAUGACAGAAUAAGUCAGAUUUUAGAACCCGAGGAAACUCUUUAUGCUAUCGGUCAGGGUGCAUUGGGUGUUGAAUGUCGAGAGUCAGAUUGGAAAAUACGUUCAAUUUUGGAACCAUUGUUUGAUUUGGAAACCACAUUGACAUGCGUGUGCGAGCGUUCAUUUCUAAAAACUCUUGGUGGUGGAUGUUCCGCACCAGUUGCGGUAUCUUCAUCUUUGAAGAAGAAUGAGUUAACGAUUACCGGUGCUGUAUGGUCUCUGGAUGGUCAAACUUUGAUUACAGAUACUUCGAAAAGCAAAUUAUAUUUACCCGAUGACGAUGGUGAGCCUCCUCGGAAAUGCCCAUAUCAGGAACCGCGACUUUAUUGCAGCGUUAUUCCCAGUUAUAAAAUAAGCAGUAUAAGUCUUCUUGGUGCAGAACUCCUUGGUAAAGAUUUGGCCAAUAGUCUUAUAAAGAAAAAUGCUCUUGAUGUAAUGUCACAAGCUAGAAGUGAAAUUUUAGAUUCAAAAUAA